GUGUUUUGAUAUUCGUAUCUCUUUCCACGUGCGUUUCUAUAAAAAUUUAUCUAGUUUCAAAGUUUUUUCUCACUCAUUACCAGUAUCUCUCUUUUUCUUUCUCCCUGUGUUUUACUCGUCAUAAUAAUACGAUAUUCUAUAUUUCUCUCUAUCACACCAACAAGAGACAAUCGGACUCGCAGUCGGACAGACAUCUUCUAAUAAUCAAAAAAUACAAAAUAAAACACAUUCCCAUUCAUUCUUCCAUAUUGCUUAGAUGAGAGCUGUCAAACUGAAAUAAGAAAACAAAAGAAUAUCCAUCUCAUGUCGUUGUGCAGUAAAAGAAUUUUGAUUUUGUUUUCUUCUUAUUUGUUUGUCAUUAUACGUCGAGUCGUGUUCGUGUCGUUGUCGUUGUCGCUGUGUCCUACGCAACUGUCAUAUUAGUGUAAAUUGUAUUUUUGUUUUGUGAAUAAAAAUAAAAAUAAAAACAAACAAAAUUGCUAAACAAAAUUAAAAUAAUAUGUAAUUCAGUAAUUUUUAUUUUAAUUUUUGUGUUCGAUUAAAUUGGAAUCGGAAAAUGCAUCCGAAAUUAGCUGUCAAACAAAAUUACGGUCUAUUUGCUGCAUUGAUGAUGUGCAGUGCAGUUCUGUGCGCAUUUUGAAUAAAUGAAUUAGCGCUGUCGUCGCUCGUCGUCGUCGGGAUGAUGACAGAAUGAAAAUCGCUCUCAAGUGUCAAACACGCGGCAGAAAAUUGAAGAAAAAAGUUGCGAAAUAGCAAAAAUCCAGAAAUUAAGUAAUCCAAAAAAAGUGGAAGCAGAAUCAGGAAAACACACGCAGCAGACGUUGAAUUUGUUUCUUAUUGUCAUCGUCAUCGUAGUCGUCGUCGUUGUUGUUGUUAUUAAUGUUAUUGCUGCUAUCGUUGUUGUUGUUUUCUAGUUUAAGUGCACUUAAGUGUUUUUGUGUUUUUGUUUAGCCUAGCCAGUGAUGUUCUCGUCAAUGAAACUUUCAAGUGUCUAGUCUCUGACCUUUGGAUGAAUGUAUCUCUUCCUUUUCUCCUCUUGGAGGUCACUUUUCAAGUGCAAAAUUAUUGUGGGGAGUGAAAAAGGAAUUCUGCAUUUCAUCAAGUGAUUUCGGUGCUAUGGGAAUCAUUCGUAUCCGAAUUCGAAUCUGAAUCCGUCGAGUCGAUAAAGUCUACUCUCCCUGCAGCCAGUGCUCCAUUCGGGUCAAGGUACUCCCAUUCGGUGCUGGUGUGUUUUGAGUGUUGUGUUUUUUCUGUUUGUUCAUAAAAGAAAUAAACUUUAAAUGAAAAAAAAUUAAAAUAUUUGCAAUUUCUGGUUAGUGUUUUUACGUAUUGUAUAUAUGCGCGUGUUUUUUUCUUAAAACAACGUUGAUCGUUGUGUCAAAUUAAUACCAAAAAAUUAAAUAUUUGCAUCCCAAAGAAAUAGCUCAACUCAGAGCUCAGAGAAUUGAAGCAAACGUGAAGUGAACUACGGAAACAGAAUCACAUGUACGGUCUGGAAUAUAUCAACUUUAAUUGACCAAUAAGAAAACAGAUUUUCGAUUAAUAAAAAUACGAGAACGAGCUGCCUGCGUCGCGAGCUGUUAAAAGAAACAUACAAAAGGCAUACGACACAUACCUAGUACCUCUCUAAUAUCUACAACAAAAAAGGACACAAGAUUUGAAUAAUCUCUUCCAGUAUCCAACUUUUCAUAAUCAUCCCAAAAAAGGAUUCCACAACAAAUCAAAACAACACAAACCCAAAAAGAAGAAGAAGAAAACCCCACAAGUAACUCAAAAAGAAGAAGAAGAAGAAAACUAAAAAGAGCCAACAUCCUCCAUGUUGGGAAAACUCAUUGUGUCCCAGUGCUGUUGCUGUAACCCACACCACCUUCUACGGCCGAAAGGACGCAUUCAUAAGGAAGCAAGCUGAAGCCACUUCAGCAGAAAGCCAUCAUUGGAAAGUCUUCGUCAACAUCAACACCGCCACCACCGCCACUAUCUUCGUCAUCAUUGCUCCACCAUCUCGCACCACCACCACCAUCAUCCGCAGCUCCAAACGUUGCCAACGACAACACAUCCUGCAAAGUGACAGCCAAGGCCAACUGGCACGAAGCGACGGUGAAGGCGGUGAAAAAAACGAAUCUAGGCGUCAGGUGGAAUAUGUUUAAGCCUAAACAUCAAGCGAAGCAGAAGCCAAAAGCCAAACCGGUUAAUCAGCUGGAACCAAGAACUUUGACUAAUUUUUUAUCUUCUCAGAUACCAUGGGGCCUGAAAAAAAUCUGUUGGGGGCUGAUAAAUAUAACUGUACCGAGGCAUCAACCUCGCAGCUGGAUUGAGACAAACUUUCAAAAACGAGAAUGUAUAAAAUUCAUACCCUGCCCAAAGGACACAGCCGUAUGCUGCUGUGGACAAUCCCGCCCAACACAUCAAGUAAUACCAGGCAUCGAAGUCGGUUCACCCGGUGACUCAUGGCUGCCUUACAAACACACCCGCGCCCAACCCACCGACGCAUAUGGGACAAUCGAGUUCCAAGGUGGUGCUCAUCCCACAAAGGCCCAGUAUGUCCGGCUAUCCUUCGACACUAGACCCGAACUGUUGGUGCAACUAUUCAACAAAGAAUGGAACCUAGAACUGCCAAAGUUACUGAUAACUGUUCAGGGCGGCAAGGCCAAUUUCGAACUGCAACCGAAGCUGAAAAAGGAAAUCAGAAAAGGUUUAUUGAAAGCAGCUAAAACAACAGGAGCCUGGAUUUUUACCGGAGGCACAAAUACAGGCGUCACAAAACAAGUUGGCGACGCAUUGCUGCUCGAGGGACAACAACGAACUGGACGGGUUGUUAGCAUAGGUAUUGCACCCUGGGGCAUUGUGGAGAGAAAUCACGAGCUUCUGGGACACAACCGUGAGGUCCCUUGUCACAGCAUAAGUUCACCAAGAUCGAGAUUGGCUGUUCUGAACAAUCGUCAUGCAUACUUCCUGCUCGUCGAUAACGGCACUCAAGCCAAGUACGGUGCGGAGUUGAUCCUUCGAAGGAAACUGGAAAAAUUCAUUUCGAAUCUGAAACUUCAUCCUUUUACACAUUCCAGCACACCAGUGGUCUGCCUUGUCAUCGAGGGUGGAACGAAUACGAUACGUGCAGUCCUCGAAUACGUGACAGAUACACCGCCUGUUCCGGUUGUGGUAUGCGAUGGAUCCGGUCGUGCAGCCGAUUUAAUAGCUUUCGUGCAUAAAUACGCAUCCGAUGGGGAUGAACAGCCCGUUCUGGAAUCGAUGAGAGAGUACUUAAUUGGAACAAUUCAGAAAACUUUCGAAGUCGGGCAGGAGCAGUCGGAAAAACUUUAUCACGAACUUCUGCAAUGUACCCGCAACAAAAAUCUGAUAACUGUUUUUCGAAUACAAGAAAAACCCGAAGGCGAAGCCCAAGAAUUGGAUCAAACUAUUCUUACAGCCCUCUUUAAAUCGCAACAUCUCAGCCCACCCGAACAAUUAAGUUUAGCCUUGACGUGGAAUCGAGUCGAUAUAGCACGUAGUGAGAUCUUUGUCUAUGGUCAAGAGUGGCCAAUCGGUGCUCUUGAUGAGGCUAUGAUGCAGGCACUCGAACAUGACCGAAUCGACUUCGUUAAAUUGCUCCUGGAGAAUGGUGUUUCUAUGAAAAAAUUCUUGACAAUACCUCGCUUGGAAGAGUUGUAUAACACAAAGCAUGGUCCUGCAAACACGUUGGGGUACAUUCUGAGGGAUGUGAGGCCGCAUAUACCAAAAGGAUACGUUUACACGUUGCAUGAUAUAGGAUUAGUAAUCAACAAACUUAUGGGUGGUGCAUACAGAUCUUACUAUACGCGCCGAAAAUUUCGACCAAUUUAUGCCAAAGUCAUGAAUAGCUAUGCAAAUGCUCACAGGAAAUCAUGCACAACUUACCAACGGUACGCGGGUGCGAACUCGCUCAGCUUGGUAACCGGACUCCUGCCUUUUACAUCGGAAAUGGCGCUUUUUGAAUUUCCCUUCAAUGAACUACUGAUUUGGGCAGUCCUUACUAAACGCCAGCAAAUGUCCUUGCUUAUGUGGACACACGGCGAGGAGGCCUUGGCCAAGUCACUGGUUGCAUGUAAACUCUACAAGGCCAUGGCUCAUGAGGCGGCCGAAGAUGACCUGGAUACGGAAAUCUACGAUGAGUUACGAGCCUAUGCCAAGGAAUUCGAAAGCAAGGGUAUUAAGUUACUAGACUUUAGCUAUCGGCAAGAUGCUGAAAAAGCUCAACGAUUACUCACAUGCGAAUUGCAUUCAUGGUCAAAUCAAAGUUGUUUGGGAUUAGCUGUGGCUGCUAAUCAUCGAGCUCUUUUGGCGCAUCCUUGUAGUCAAGUUAUUUUAGCUGAUUUAUGGAUGGGUGGAUUAAGGACAAGAAAAAAUACUAAUUUAAAGGUGAUUCUUGGUUUAUUAGUGCCUGUUUAUAUUAAACGCCUGGACUUUAAAUCCAAAGAGGAACUCCAACAAAUGCCUCAGACUGAAGAGGAGCAUUUAGAGAAUCAAAAUCUUGAUUACGAUGACUCCGAUCGAUCACAUCCUGAUGCCGAGAACGCUCUCACUAAAGCGAAAAGAUCAAUUUCACUUAAAUAUAAGAUGGGGAAUAACUCGGCCCAGGUAGUAGACAAUGCUCUUUUGGCAGAUACCUUUUCGAUUCGUGAAACCAAAGUACAAGAAAAUGGAAAAGUCGACCUGUCAGGAGCGGAAGAACCCGCAAAAGUAUCCUUGUCUGACUCGGAUCCUUCACAGUUUCGUGAGUUCUUCAACAUGUCUGACUACGAAAUCAAACAACAUCAACCUUUAAGACUGCGAAAAAAAUUCUAUGAGUUCUAUACGGCGCCCAUUACGAAAUUCUGGGCCGAUUCGAUAGCGUAUAUGUUCUUCCUGGUAAUGUUCACCUUUACUGUACUCGUGAAAAUGGGACCAACUCCUCGAUGGCAGGAAGUCUAUUCGAUUGCGUACAUUACAACGCUGGGGUUUGAAAAGAUAAGGGAAAUCAUUUCAUCUGAACCGGUUGCUAUAACCCAUAAAUUUUCAGUUUGGGCCUGGAAUAUGUGGAAUCCUUGCGAUGGAGCAGCCAUUAUAUUAUUUCUCAUUGGACUUUCAUUGCGUUUCCGGCCAAAUACAAUGGACAUAGGACGUGUAUUUUAUUGUGUCGAUAGUAUAUACUGGUACUUGAGGAUCCUGAAUAUUUUAGGCGUAAACAAGUACUUAGGUCCAUUGGUUACUAUGAUGGGCAAAAUGGUCAAGAACAUGAUUUAUUUCGUAGUCCUGCUGGCUGUUGUUUUAAUGAGUUUCGGCGUUAGUCGACAAGCGAUCCUGUAUCCAAAUAAUGAACCCACAUGGCGAUUAAUUAAGGAGGUCUACUAUCAGCCUUACUUCAUGUUAUAUGGUGAGGUUUUCGCCGAUGAUAUUGACCCGCCGUGUGGAGAGGAUCCUCGUCAGCCGGCAUGUGUUACAGGACACUGGGUGACACCGAUAACUAUGGCAAUGUACCUUUUAAUUGCCAACAUUUUGCUCAUCAAUUUACUUAUAGCUGUGUUCAAUAAUAUCUUCAACGAAGUCAACUCCGUCUCGCAUCAGGUUUGGAUGUUUCAAAGAUUCACCGUCGUUAUGGAAUAUCAACAGAAACCUGUGCUGCCGCCCCCGUUUAUAGCAUUUUGUCAUUUUUAUUCGCUCCUUAAAUAUUGUAUACGUAAGGCGAAAGGUCUCGAAGUACAAAGGGAUAAUGGAUUGAAAUUAUUUCUUGAAAAGGACGAUCUGGAACGUCUUUAUGAUUUCGAGGAAGAAUGUGUCGAAGGAUUUUUCCACGAACAAGAAAUUAUACUUAAUCAGUCGACAGAUGAACGUGUCAAGUAUACAACGGAUCGAGUUGAAACAAUGUCGCAAAAAAUAGAAGAUAUUAAUCAAAAGGAAAAUCUGCAAACUGUCACUGUUCAGAACAUCGAAUUCCGAUUACGAAAAAUGGAAGAAGCAUCGGAACAGAUUCUGUCACAUUUAGCUGUAAUUCAUCGAUUCAUGUCCGCCCACACCAUCCUCCCAUCGGACGACCUUAUCCAUAAUUCAAAUGUGAAUAUCACUUCAUCCAUUGGUCCUGGUGAUAUGCAUCGAUUCCGGGCUGUUUCCGAAACAGAAAACAUGAAUAGUUUACAAGUGACAAAUCGAAAGAAAUUCAACCGAUCUCUGACGGAAGUAAGACCGGAUGCGUACAUCUUUGAUGAUGGUACACAUUUCGAAGUAGUUCCUGUGCCCGAGGAGCCCGACGAGGUUGUUAAAUCGAGGGAAGCCUUAAACGAGAGCGUAGUGAGAAAGAUUUCAGUUCAAUCGGAGGAUUCUGAUAUUUAUACAACGGCUAUGUCACAAAGACCAUCAACUUGUGAGACUGUUAAACGAACGCCUUAUGUAACGGUGCGACAGGACACCGAAGCCAGUACCGAGAGCAAAGACACCCUGACGCCACUGGGUAACGACGAUGAACACACACUAAUUGGGGAUUCCGAUGAAACCGCACCGGAACUGACCUUUGAAGCUGCCAAACAUCGUGCGAUGCGACAGCGAACGGUGUCCCUCUGUCGGAGGAAUUCCGAAACGACACCUGUCUACGACCAACUCAAUCGCUCCCACAUUAGCCUAAAUCAAAUAACCAUGUCCAAAAGACAACUCAGUUUGACUCAAUCCGAGCCUGAAAGUGAAAAGGAGCAGACAGUAGGAAAAUCAAUGUUGCAUGCAAAACCCACCCGAAAUAUCCUUAUGAAACUGCACUCGGAAUACACUUCAAUUACGGACGAAUUGGAAAGUGUUUGCCACUUGAUGACAUCUCCGACAGCAUCACUCCCAGGCAAAGGUCCAACUGACCGUCACAAACAUGAACUAUCGAAGGCAGAGGUUGCCGCCCUCUUGGAAAAGAAACAUCUGACCGAGUGUGAGGAGAACGAUUAUAGGAUGCUCGAAGGACUAUUUCAGGCUCGGGUUUCUGUCGACGACACAGAUGACUCCACUGAGGGAAUGCCAUUGGACUAUGCUAAUCGACACCCUUUACGACGAGAAACCGCAAUUGAAUUAUCCCCCACAAAGACUACUGGAGGCAGCAUAGGUAUUGGCGACUCCAGUGCGGGCUUCCUGCAGAACGAACGAACGUGGAUGAAGAGCUCGUUGGGCGAACAAACAUAUCAAUCAUUAUCGGGUGGCGCACCUGGCUCUCGCGACUACCUUAACCCACCCUACGAGAGUAUGGGUGGAGUCAUUAGUGGAAGAGGUGCACGUCUCUUCAAAAAAUCCAGCGAAAGCCUACAGAAAAACUCAAGCACUGACACUGAGUACUCAACGCAUCCCUACAAAUUUAUCAAACAAAGUUCCAACGACACCACCACCUCAAUGACGGGAUCAUACAACAUCGACACACCAUCGCUGGCGAACGAGUUGUCACUGGACGCGGGCGACACCCUGCAACCGACCCCAAUAUUUGAGAACCGCUACCAACCCCUCAGGACAUCAUCGAUGGGUGCUGCUGACUACAUGAAGGCCAAACAGGGUUCGGCCGACUAUCCGCUGCCACCACCUCGCUCAGUGAUGUUCAAAAAGCAAUUCAGCAUAGACCAAGGCAAAAGUUCGCCUCAUCGAACGGUUUCAGAAUCUGACAAAGCUGAAGCGGCCCAAAUGUCAGCCUCCUCGACGAGUGGCAGUGUCGGGAAGGCUGCAACAUUAGCUGAACCAACAACAACACAACAACAACAGAAGACUGUCGCCACAUCAGCAGCAAAAUGUUCACUUAAACCACCAACAACCUCAAAGCUCGGCAUGAAUAUCCUUAAAGAGAGCAGCUCCAGCACCGAAGAAUCCAAAGACGAACAGCACUCAGAUGCAGCACAGCAAAUGACAAUUCCGACAAUAAGCACACAUUUGGUGCAGGACGAAAUAGCCAAGCUGUCGUCGAAUAUCAAAAGCAGUACGGAAUCGGACAAGGAUCCGCCUUACAACGAGACAAUGUGCUGAUUGCUGUUAUUCGGUACUAAAAACCGCUACCGCACAACAACAAACCGCUGUGUAUGCCACAAUAAUAAGUCAAACGUGAUCUGUAGAUUUGUAAAUAACUUUGUUAUUUUAUAUGAGUAUAAAUAAUAUAGUUAAAGUAGUUGAAUAGCUUUUAGAAAUUGUGUACUCUAUGUACAUAGUAUACUCGUUUAUUGUUUAUUGAAUGCAUGGUAUAUAUAAACUCUAAGGCUAUAAGUGUUUUUUUUUGUAAUUUUUGUUUUUCUUUGUUUAAGUUUUUGUUAUAAACUUUAUAUUUUUGUUCAAAGUGCAUGCUACGAUAUGGGAACACAAACUGUCCAAGAAAACAAAUAAAUUAAAACUUAUAUCAAUUUAUUAAAAAUAUAUACUUACAACUGUUACUUAUGAUCUAGAUUUAAGCUUUAAGAAUGCUGAAUACGAUUUAAUUAUUAUUAUUUAAUUAAACAAGUACAUUUUAUUUCUAUCUUAAACUUAACAGAAAGUAAAAUGAAAUAUUUGUUGCCAAGUGUAAAUCCCUUUCUAACAAAAUGUUUAAUAUUUUCCAAUUUUUCAAAAUUAAUGUUUUAAAGUUUUUUGUUAUGAAUGAAACCAGGAAUGUAAAAGAAUGUAAUCUUUUUCGAAUGCAAUCUUUUAUGAAUUCAAUAUAAAGAUUGCAUUUAUUGAAGAUAGCGACUUUAAAUUUGUCAAUUUUAAAUCAUUUGACCUUAAACAGUCUGCAAUGAUCUUUUCUCCAAUCAUUUGACUGCAAUCAAUAGAUUGAAAUCAUUUGAGACAGUGCUUUCACUCAAAGUGUUUGCAUUCUUUUAAAGUAUUCUAAUUAUUUUUAAGUCUUUGCAUUCUUUUAAAGUCCCUAAACUCUCUUGCAUUCUUAAGUGAAAUUUCACCACACACUUUUGAAAUUUGUAUUUUAAUCUCUUGCUGUCUGACAUAAAAAAUCGGUGUGCGUAAACUGGUGACCGAAAUUUCAGUUAAUGUAAAUACUUCAAGUGAAUGUAAGGACUUCAAAAGAAUAGAAAGGCUUCAAAAGAAUGCAAAGGCUUCAAAAGAUUGCUUAACAUUUCAAACGAUUACAAUCAAUUGAAUUCAGUCAAAUGAUUGCAGUCUUUGUAAUGUCAAAUGAUUGGUGAUUGCAAAAUUUUAAGUACCAAUACUUAGUUGCAAAAAAAUCAUUUAAAGUAUUCUUUAAGUUGAAUUCAAUAAAUGAUUUAUAACGAUUGCAUUCUUUUAUAAACUUGAAUGAACAGAAUCAAUAGGUCAAACAUUUUUAAGCCCAUAUUUCAUUUAGGCAUAUAAUAAUUUUUACUAUUUGAAUUAUGCGUCUCCUUGAUUGAUGAAAUUUCGUAAUCCAAAGGUUUUUAUUCUGCAAUAAAAUAUCAAAUUGAACUUUUCGGGGCUAUCAGCUAUAAACAAAUUUCUAUUCACGCUUUCAAGAUGACUGAGUUUUGACAUUUAUGAACCCCUGAAAAUGUGCUUCUUUAGUUAUUUUAAAUUUACAAAAUACUGACAAAUGUUUAUGAAAAAACUCGUUAAACAAAAUACAUUUUUUACCAUUGAUAUUGUGAAGACUCUUAAUAAAAAAAAAACUAGCAAAAGUUCAAACAAUAUAAAGAUACCACGGCAGCAGAACAAAUAUUAAAUGAUUGGUUAUAAAUCAAAUAUUAUAUUUAUUUAAUAUUUUAUUAUACUUGUUAAAAGCCGCAGAAAUUUAGUUUAGAUUGCAUUAAAUUAUACGGCCAACAAUUUACGACAGAUUAUAGAAAUUAUUUGCAUGAUAAAAAAUUAGGAAAGUUAGAAAUUUAUUGCAGAAAAAAGCUCAAGCUCUAAAAAUUUUUAAUUGGUAAAAUUGCUGAAAAGGAAAAAGACUACUAAUUUUCUUGCAUUAAAAAGAAGUUAAUUGAAAUUCCAAAAUUUGUUGACAACCAUUUGUAUAUAAUUUGAACACAAAAGGGUUAUUAAUUAUUUCACGUUUAAAUACUGUUAAAGAAAUGGGAAUGGAUUUAAAAAGAGUUCUCCUAAAGUUUUGGAUAUAGAAAUAAGAGGGAACAACAGCACUUUACAUUCUUAAUGUGUGGCUAAAAGAUGAGAUUCUAUCUUCAAACUUGAAAAUAAGUAUAAAAGUGAGCUCAUGAGCAUAUUGAGGGUAUUCCUGAAAGUUAAAGGAUAACAGAAUUACAGAAAUUUUGUAAUGAACAAAUAUAGAUAAAAUAAUUAAAGACAUAAAAUUAAAGUUCUAUUCAAAAUAUGAGAGUUCUGUUCAUGUUUUAGAAGCAUGAUCAUUUUUAUUUUGUUUGCAGAACUUACUUUUUCUCGAAUUAGCAUUUAUACAUCUCUGUAUUCUUGUGAGUUACAAGGCAAUCAACACAUUUCAUACAAAAGUAAUGUAAACCUAGUUUUUUAAAUAGAAAAGUCAAUUUUCUUAAAGUCCAAAAGUUCAAGAAAUAUCCAAUUAACCAAUGUAUUAGCAGAUAAAGGCUGCGCUAUCAUAUUUUCUAUCGACUUGAUAUUAUUUUAAACUCGAUUUCAAUAUUUCAUAUAAUUCAAAAUCUUUUUCCCAGAACAUUAAGAAAUAUUUUAUUUUGCUUAAAAAGCUAAAAAAAUUAAAAUAAGAGAUAACAUAUAACAGUAAAAUUUUCCAAACCAAAAAAUUGUCUGUCUUCAAAUUUUAACAAUUUUUUACAUUAAAAACAAUUUUCAAUACCUAAACAAAGUGGCAAUAAAAAGUUACAAAUUGAAAUUAAAAAACCAAAACUAGUAUUUCGAAAUUUAAUAAAAUCAAAAAUAAAAUAAAAUGUUCGUGAGUGUUCAUAUACACAAUUAUUUCGUUCAACGGUUUGACGAAAAACAUACCCUGCUUUAAGAAAAAUGCUAGUCCUUAAUAAAAUAUUUGUAUACAUGCAUAAAAUAAUAAAUAACAUCUGUUCUGAAGAAAAAUAAUAAAAACUUAAUUUUUUUACAACUCUUUUGAAAUAAGCCCAAAACGUCAAAUUCCUAGUAUCAUUUCUUUGUUGUUCUCAAAUAUGAAAUAUGAUUCCUUAAGUUGUUGUUUCAAUGUGUUUCUAAAGUUUUUAUUAUAUUCAUAAACAUUUCCAUGUUUUAAAAUUAAAAAAUACUUAUUAAGGUACUCCGCUUAAAAAAAAACUGUUCCUAAUAUAUAGUUUUAUAAAAAUUUAGGUUUUCUAAAUGUAAAUAAUUUUAAAAGAUCUUUAUUCUUCAAGUUUUUGUCCAAGUUUAAAAAUAAUGUAUUUGCAUUCUUUGUAAAUAAACUUUUUUCUAAUAUCAAAAACUUUUUGUUUAAAAAAAAAUUAGAUGUAAGUUUUAAGCACAAUUUUAAUUCUUCUAAUAUUUUUUUGUUAUCUAUUUACAAAAAUUCCCAAUUGUAAAAAAUUCAUACACACAAAUACAAAUAAAAGAAACACACACACACAAUUAUAAUAUACUAAUAAUUUUUGACAAUACAAAGCAUUAUUUUAAGUACGAGUAACUAGUGUAUUUUUAUAGAAAAGCAAUAUAUAUAAAAACAAACUUAUAUUAUUUUCUCAUUAUUCUAACAAUUGUGUUCUUUUAAAAUAAAAUAUUAACAAAUACAAAUAUUGAGUGCUAUGCCAUUGCUAUAUUUGCCAGUUCUUGUUUUAUUUCUUUUAAGGAUAUUGUUGUUUUUUUUCUUAUAAAUGUCACAUUUAGACUUAGAAUAAAAUUCCUUCCAAAGUAAUAAAUAAUUAUAUUGUAAAACCAAAUAGCAAAUCCCUUUUAUACAUAUCUUACCUAUAAAUCAAGAUGAAAAAAAACACAAAUGUUCCCUUUUAAAGAAUACACUAUCAUUAAAUUUAAAUCUUAAACUUAAACUAAAACUAAACUAAUUGAACUUUAAAACCAAAAAUAAAUAUAAAAUCGCGCGCAACGCAUUCAAUUCGAAAUUCAUUGUUUAAAUAUUUUACAAGAAAGAAAAAACAAAUAAAAAAAAAACAAAGAUGAUGAAAAUAUUUAUACAAGAUAAAUUUUAAGUUAUAUAAUUAGAAAUAUAUAUACACAAAUAUUUUGUAUUGAGCCAAUAAAAAAUUAAAACCAAAACAAUUUAUACUUUAAAAAAUAUAACAACAUAAAAAAACAAAGAAUUACAAAUAGAAAAGAAACAUAUUUAAGAAGAAAAAGAAAUAUAUCAUUGUUUAAAAAUUAUAUAUAUAUAUAUACAUAAAUUAUAUAUAGAUUGUAUAGAAAAAUUGUUGAAACAAAAGAAAAUUAUAAAAGUAUUUUAUAAACAAACAAAUGAAAGAAAACAUAUAAAUAUACAAUUUAAAGAAAACAAAUAUUGUAUAUGAAUGUAGUUAUAUUUAUAGGUAAAAAUGAUCAAUUGCCAUUGUUGUAUUUGUUAAGGAGCUGUCACGUUAAAAAUAUUAAAAAACUAAUUGUUUGAUGUAUUUUAUCCUAAAUUAGAAUUUGCAUCGAAUGAAUAAAUUUUGGAUAAAAACCUAAACAAAAAAAUGCUCAACAAAUAAAAAAAAACAAAAAUUAAAAUGAAACAAAUCAAAAUAAAAAAUGGUUUAAUACAUAAAUUGGUGGAAAAAUAAAACAAAGUUGUAUGUGUGUAAAACAAACAUUGAUGUGAAAUGUAAUCAAACCAAAAAUAAAAUUAAUAUUUUUGUCAAAGAUGCGAAA